ACUCCGCGAUGGGCCGCCGCGCGGCGAUCCCGGCCGUGUGCCUGCUGCUGUCGCUGGCCUGCGCCCCCGCGCGCGGCGGCGGCUUCCUGGACCAGUUCGGCCCCACUCUGGCCGCGAUGCAGAACAGCACUAUGUCGACGCUCCAGGCGGCCGGGGAGCAG